AUUUCUGUGCUAUUUUUGAAUUUUGUGGUACCAAAGGCUCAUAUAUACUUAUUCAUAUAUUCAUAUUGUAUUCAUAUAUUCAUAUUACUUUUAUAUUGAUACUUAUAGCUAAUAAAAUUGAAAAAUCAAAAUCAAGCAGUAGAAUUUUCUAGUAGAUUGACUGGCCCUCUUUUCAUGACUGUUCUCAUGGUAAGAAUCUUUCAUCAAUAUUCAACUUUAUUCCUUCCAGCCCGUAACUAAUUUCAAUGCCCCUAGAAAGCUACAAAGAAAUGCUAUAAUAGCAAUGUUUGUAGUUAUUUGAAUACCGAUAACCUUAAUCCCAGAACGUUCACUCAUUAGUGCAAUUUUCGGCAAGUAAGGUAUUCUUGACCACCUUGCAAUUGCAUAAUAGAAGGCACUAUACCUCGCUGUAACUCUUCCAGCUGAUAAAAAGGGGAAUGCAAACUUGUAUGCUAUGAACAAAGAGCCACUGAUUUGUGACAGCAUCAACUGGUAUUCAGCUCUUUCAUUUCCCUUUCUCUCCAAAAAUUGUAGCCAUUCAAAUGUCAUAGCAGUAACCAAGAAAAAGAAAAACAUUGUGUGAAUGUUAAACCACCAUUUUAUUGACUGAAGCAAAUUCCUUCCAUACUGUAAGAGUUGAUUGUGGGCCCUUUGGAAAUCAUCUCUGUCUUUUGCUAUAUGCAAAAUGUAAUUCUCAGUAUGAUCAAUAUGUCGUAUAAGGUCAACAGUUAUCAAAUGAAACACACAAAUGGCGCAUGCUGUUGAGAAAAACCCAAAAAACUCAGUUGAAACUGAAAUGUGGUAGUGAAGCUUUUGCCAUGGUGAGAGCAAGCUCAAGAAAUCGUGGAUACCAGAAAAGCUGUAAAAAAUGUUAUAGGAAAAGUCGACAAAAAUGACAAAAGAAGAGCAACAAAAUCCAACCAGCAGAAAUACAUUUGUGAUAAGCCAGUCUGAUUUGCUGAGUCCUGGAUGAUCGCUGCCUUCAUUCAUUGUCAAGUUGUAUUGUAUCUGAGGAAUCAGGUUAAAAUUUUGGCAGUUAUCAUCAGAAAAAUUGUUCUUGCCAGAGUAAAGAAACCAUGCAAAUAUUACCAAGUUAAAUGCACCAGAUGCAACAAGCCCAAUUUGUAUCACUUUAACAGUGCUUGGCAUCUCACAGUUGUACUCGCUUUUUGACCAGUAGAUGCUAACAAAAUAUACAUAGCUAAGGAAGCAGCUCCAGUGCAUUAAAGACAGAAACACUGUUAUAUACGCAUAGUUCUGUUUCUUCGUAUGCCUCUUGAAAUAACAAGGUAGUAUUCCAAAGCAUGCACAGGUAAAGAACUUCAAAAUCAAUCCUGAACAGAAAAUCCUUGCAAGUACUUUGCAAGCGGACCUCCUCUUCUGCAUUCCAACCGCAUUUUGACAAUUACCUGUAUCUGACACGAACGGUAAUGGUCUCCUAGGAGAAUUAUUAAGAAGUUGCAUUGUAUCUUGAUUCGAGAAUUUGUAUUCGUUGGAGGUUUGGUGACCCAAAUACCUCAUUAUGAUAUUAUUAUUAAGAAAGUUUGCAGGCAACCCUCUUCCAAGGCGGAAGUAAAGCGAAAGUACCAACUUUCAUUUCCUGCACAACAACAACAGCUACAACAGUUAUCCCGGUGAAAGCAAUACACCUCGGUGGGUCUUGGCGUACGUAGAUCAUUGGCGGAAUUCGAUACAUCUUUACUAUGAGUGAACUCGAAGUAUCAACCAAAUUUCAAAAUUCUGUUGAAAUAAAGUUUGACAAUGAGUUUGAAAAGCAAUGGGACAGCCAGCAACAACUGAAAAAUUUACCGGUUAAAUCACGAAUUAUACCGCAUACCAGACGACAAAGCAGAUUUUUUCGACUUCUUCACACACUCCUUUAUACUGAUGCUACAUUGACAUUUUUUACAUCACUCUGUUAUGGAAUUUUUCCUUGUGGUUUCAGGAGGCAUUCAUAUAAAUGUAAAUAUUCGUUCAUCAGUAUUGCAUUAACCACAAUGCAUUGGUUCUGUUUUGCUAGCUAUGUUUACUUUGUCUGUGUCUACUGGAGUGAUUCCAGGUAUGGUGUUGUAAUGCCACUGGAAACAAAGACUAUCAUGAUUGGCUUGCUUGCAUCAGCAGCAUGCACCUACAGCCUUGCUACAGUCUACUUUUACUCGAGCAAAAACAACUUUACUUGUGGCAAUCAGGAAGAUCCCAAGUUUUCCAUUUUCCCGCGAUUUGAAUUUAGGCUUCCUGGCAAGUCAAACAGAGAUUUAAACAUAGGACCAACAGAAAAUGAUUGGUUUCACACAAAUGUUUUCCUCUUCCUGGGAUUCUUCUGCAGCUCUUGGGUGAUUUUCGUUGAUUUUCGUUACAAUGCAUUCUUUGACUUUGUGAAUAAUCAUGGAUUUUUGGGAACCCUGUCCUCAGUCGAGAAGUUGCAUUACCAUCUCUCAGUCUCCACAGGUUUCUUUGGAUUUUAUGCAACAGCCUGCGCAGUGUGUAUUUACCACAUAAUAACUCGCGACCUUAUACGACAUAUAGAAGAAACUGAAGAUUUUGUUUUGAAAGAAGCAAAAGACAGGGCUGAUUUUCAGGUAGCUCUUACAGCACUCCAAAGUUAUGGAAAGAAGCUACUACAGUCACUCAAAUGGUGGUUUAAUGUACAUACAUUAUUCUUUUUCUUUUUGGUAUCAGCAAUGAUCUUUGGAUGGAUUAAGAUAUUUGAGAAGGCAGAUCAAAAUACAAUGUAUUUCAACAAACUGCUGCUGUCUCAAAUUGGCGGUUCCAUGUAUAUUGCCUUCAAAUUUUCUUUCCCUUUCCUUUCAGCAAGUCAGAUUACAACAAGAUACAAUGUUUUUUAUUACAGAAUUGCUAGACAUUGCAAAAUUGUAAACUUGCCAGAGCUAUCUAUUCUUUAUAGUGAUUCAGGAAUCAAAAUGUUUGGCAUCCAUAUAACAAGUAAUUUUGCAGUAACUGCUUUGUUUUUAAGUUUCUUGGGUGCCCUUAAGAUGAUAACUUUUUCUAAGUCUUGAGCCUGACUAGUAGAACCAAUUUGGUUGUUAUCUGCAUGAGAAAUACAGCUGAUAUGUAACUUUUCUAUUCUGUUAACAUUUCAUAAUUUUAAACAAAUUUGAAACAAUUUUUGUCAAAUGUUUGAUGUAUGACUUUAACUUUCAGUGAUUUCUUUGCAAGAAACAGAGCUCUACACUAGCAUUCCGGAAGCUAUAUUACAUGUUAAUGUUUUAUGCUUGAAUAAUUCCAUUCUUAAAAAUCAAAUUUAUUACUUUAAAAGGCCCCAUAGAACCUUGAGGACUUGGGAAAAUUUUCCUUGUUGCCCCCUCUGUCUUUGCGGCCCUGUUUAUUUGCUGCCUCUCAGAUCCCUAAUAAACCACGGAGCUGGGCGACAGUUUUUGAUAGGGCAUUUUAUAGAAACAAGAGCCUCCAAAUUUGUCAUUCAAUUCAAAUUGAUCAAGUUGACGCUGAAUUUUUCAAACUUGGUUUGCAAAUGGUGCCUGAGCCUGAACAUUCCCCUUAAGCACAAUAUUUAGCAACUGCACUGUUUACACCCCUUUUGUAGGCUAUAAUUACACUGCUAGGCGUAUUUUGCUUUCUUUAUCAUUGGUAAUACGAUGUUUUACCCAACAAAAACUGGAAACAUUUCGAAUAAAUAAUAUAAUAAUAUAGGUUGGAAAAGAACCUCUUAUAAAAAAAGCCAGAAAAACAAGUGGACGGCUUUUUCAAAGCAUCCUUCUUCAUAUGUCUCAAAGUUUUCAUUCUAGCCUACCUUGGAGACACGCUGCCAUUGAGGAUGUUUAAUAAAGAGCUCUGAAAACAGCUCUCACGCAAACUUUAAUAAUAAUUUUGAAAUAAAACAGUUCUAAGUUUGGUUUUACAUGAUUUUACUGAAAUGAAGAAGAGCCCAAAAAAAUAUAAGUAGCCUUAUUUGCAUUAAACAAAUAUGAACUUGGCCUACACUGAAGAAAAUAUGUGCGGUUACCUUCACACUCUUGUUUCUAUUUGACUUGAUGGUAUAAUACCUUUUUAUAAAUAACUGCGAAUAUUUUCAGUGGCACAACCAGGUUCAAAUGUUCGAAAAGUGCUAGAUAACGGUGAAGGAAAUUUGGUGGUUUGGAAGCCUUUUUCGUGUUAAAGAUCGUUAGAUAUCAUUGAAAUUAGAGCCAAAGAAACAAAACAUCCCCCUCCAUCAAACGUAAGCAAAAAACAGAUAUUCUAUCAUGUAAAGAAUCGUCUUCUUCGAACCAAAUCAGUUGACCCAUCGACAAAUUGUAGCGCUACAAACCAGAAGCUUAUAAAAUCCGUCUUUUGAUUAGUUUUAUUAAAACCGUCUAAAAAUAGCUAGCUACUUGUGCAAAUUUAAACAGACAAAUAGAAUGAGCAGGUAUUGCCUUGUACGAAACCUUUUGCGAUUGGACUUAAAUGUUGUCCGGGGCUGAUCAUGACCACCAUUAUUUUUCUAUUGCUUAGGGCAGUCAGAGAAAGGAUAUGGAAACCAUUUGCAAUGAAUGCAUGCUGAUUAGGGCUGCUAAAGGUGAAAAGAGGGAGAAAUUUAUAAAACUGCGCUAUUUUAAAAGUUUUUUCUACAUUCAACUGCGCUAUUUACCAAAAAAAGAAAAAUGAUAUGAAUAUCUGGAAUGUGAAGAAGCUAAAGAACAAAGAAGUAAGUGACAAAUAUGCAGCAACUUUGAACCAAGCCAUCAGACAAACAAUUAUUACAGAAAGUCUUUGAGAUCGUCGCAGACAAAGCACAUAAUCCCAAAAUAUACCAACAAAUUAAGAACUAAAUCAAAAACACAAAAUAGCAUCAAAGAUAAAAAUGAAAAGGUAUUGACAAAAAUUGGAAAGACGUCAAGCAAAUAUAGGAAGAAUAUGUUGAAGAAUAAUAUAAUGACGCCAGACAAGAAUACAUAGAAAAAACUAUUAGCUAUCGAAAAGUCAAAAUAGAGAAGAAAAAUUAUGAAACCAAUUAAACACCUACCAAAGAGUAAAGCAACCGGAGUUGACCAAAUUCCAGUAGAACUAUUACAGCAUAUAUGGUGAAAAGGGAUAAGAUAUCAUUAGCAACAUCAUAAAUGAUUGCUACAAUUCAGGAACAUGGCCUGAAGGCUUCCUGAAAUCUUACCUUGUCACCAUACCUAAAGUCAUCACUAUGGAAUGAGCACCGCACAAUCAGCCUCACAUCCUACGCCUCCAAAGUUCUAUUACAGAUAAUGAAGAGACGAAUCACAGCUUUGGCAAAGAGUAAUCUCCAUAAAAAUUAAACUUAUUUUAAUAAAAAGGAAACGAGCUCAAGACUGUAUAUGAUUGCCAGCUCCAAAUACUCGGUUAAAGAAUGAUUGAUAGGAAAUCUGUGUUUUAUAGAUUAUACAAAAGCCUUCGAUAGAAUUGAGCAUGCAGCAUUAGUUACAAAGCUUCUUGAGCUUUAGUUUAGUUUUACGUCCCAGAAAAGAGAUUUGGACAAAUAAGUUGGCACUAGAUAGCAAAUGGAAGGUGUUUGACGAAAGAGCGAAUGGGUGUGGUAGGCGAGUAAUGGUCAACGGACCGCCGCACCCAUUACUUCACCUAGCAGCAAAUGAAGGAAGUUUUGUAACAUCUCUUGUUAAUCCGCAGGAUGUACAAUAUAAAAUAUCUUGAGAUUCGGGACAAAUUUGGUGACAUGGUUGAACAAACCCCAAGGAUUUUGCCAAUGAAUCGAAUAUUUUUGGUAGAUGAUUAUACAAGAUAUUAACACUUCCUUUCUUAAAAUUCAAAUUUCUAUAGGACAGUUUCUAUUAAAUUUUAGACAUUUCAAAGAUUGGGUAUUUUUGGAUAACGGUGAGCUACGAUUACAUAGUCGCUGGAUCCGUUUUAAAACAGAUCAAUAAUUAUUUUCUGGAAUUUCGACGAGACCUAAAACACCGCAGCAAGCACCGCGACUGUAAAUGCUUGGAAUUUGCAAAUGACGGCUUAUUUUUCCAAUAUUAACAUAUAUUCAUAAAUUUAAGUCGAAUUUUAGGCCACUCACCAAAUUUUACAUCGAUAUCCGAAAGAGAAGUGACCGAAAUCAAUCCUUACUUUUACCAAAUUUAUAAGGGCUCAGGAAGUAGCAAGCUCCUUUUUGCCACUAUUAAAAAUGGCGGAAGUAAACAAAUUUGCCUAACAGCGUACCUGUGGGUUAGACAUCUAGCGCCUUCGGCGAUUCUAUAUCAUUAGGGAUAGGUGAGGCAGUUUCAGUUAGUUGAGUUCACGACUCGAGUCAAGGCCGCGAGUUAUCGAGUUUACAACAGAGUUUUGAGCCAUAGUGACAAUAAUGUAAAUAUUUGUUAUGUUUAUGAAAAUGAGAUAAACGCAGUUCAAGCUCAUCAUAGUAGCCCACGUCUUACAAUCCUCGCAAUAAUAAUACACGAUUGUUGUGUUCAGAACAUCUUGUGGAUAGAUUUAGCAUAUAUUCAGCGCUCAUUUAAAAAACUUAUACAUCAGGCUUGCUGCUUCUGUUCCUAUUAGCUUUGCUUUCACCUACUUCACGAAAUAAGCCUGAACACAUUUAUGUCGUCCUUAAAUGCUUCAUGGGCUAAUAAUUGUUGGACAAAAUGGUUUUUGGCUUGCAAACAAGCUAUUUAGAAACCAACUGCUUCUUAUAGCUAAAACUGCCCAACGCAUUUUGGUUUCCUAAUGUUACUAAGACGUUCAAAGAGCAUGACACCUCAUUAGAGCUUUUCUCGAUUUUAGAAAAUGUAAAGUCAAAUAUAAAUAACAUAGAAACAGCAGCUGGUCUGGCACGAUUUGCCAAAGUUUGCA